AUGACAAACCAAGACUUAUCCUUUUGCGCAGAUGCUGAAGAUCCUGGAAGAUUGUAUAAAAAUUUGCCCUCUGUUGCUCCUCUCUGUCUAGACAUCCUGAAAGAACUGGAUGAAUAUUACGAGAAACACAAGAGGGAGACAGACGUGGUUCAGAGAAGGCGGAUUCUCCAUUAUAUCCAGAGAGCCUUGAUCCGGAGUCAAGAGUUGGGCGAUGAGAAGAUCCAAAUCGUCAACCAGAUGGUGGAGCUGGUGGAGAACCGGAGUCGCCAGGUGGACAGCCAUGUUGAGCUCUUUGAAAACUGUCCAGAGAGCAAUGACGCCAACAACAAGUCCUCACUGGACAGGUCUAGGAAUGACGGUGCAACACCGGCAGAGAAACCCAAUGCCAAAAGGUCCAGGAGACGCAACAACGAGAACCGAGAGAAUGCAUCCAGCAACCAUGACCACGAGGAGGCAAGUACUGGAAUGCCGAAGGAAAAGAAGGCCAAGACUUCCAAGAAGAAGAAGAGAUCCAAAGCAAAGGCAGAGAGGGAGGCAUCUCCUGCAGACCUGCCCAUUGAUCCCAAUGAGCCCACUUACUGCCUGUGCAACCAGGUCUCCUAUGGGGAGAUGAUUGGCUGUGAUAAUGAGGAGUGCCCCAUCGAGUGGUUCCACUUCUCUUGUGUGAGUCUGAACCACAAGCCUAAGGGCAAAUGGUACUGUCCGAAAUGCAGGGGUGAGAAUGAAAAAACCAUGGACAAAGCACUGGAGAAAUCCAAAAAGGAAAGGGCUUACACUAGGUAGUUGCAGCACUAGCCUUUCGGUCUCUGUACAGCAACACAAAUUCAUGUAUAUUUAUUAUUGAGAGAUUUCCCUCUUUAGGUGAAAGGAUGGUGGGAGUGUAUUUGACAAAACUAUUCCUUCGGAAGACCAGUUAUUUUUUUUUUUGCAAGUAGGAAGGAAGGAAUAAAGGAGUCCUGGUUUUUAAGUCUUGUGUCCAGCACGUGGACUAUUUUUGUUCUGUUUAAAAAAAAAAGACACUUUCCUCACGAAAAUUCUAAAACCAUCAGUGUUUCGUUUGUUAUUAACAUUUCGUGCCCACCAUAACAAAAAAAAAACAAAUUGGACAAAAUGGUUUUAUUAAAAUAUUUAUCAGAGAUAUUUUUUUUAAGUUUCUCAGAUGUAAAAAUGUACAGAUGUGAGCUUUCCAUGUAUAGUGUAUGAUUCAUCAGCAUAGGCCUUUAACCAUAUUGUAAGAAAUAAUUUUAUUGUUACUUGUUUAACAGAAAAGAAAAAACUGUACAGCGGUGAUAUAUAUAAAACAAAAGUCCAGAAAUGAAAUGCC